GAUGAAAGAUCUUCCAUUAGUGUAAAUAAAUUCUGGAUGACAGUCAAUGAAGAACUAAUUAAUGACAAGAUCAAAAAUGAAGAGAACGAAUAUGAUUUAAUUUUGACUACUAAUGUCAAUAAACAAAUGGGAACAUAUGUAAAUGCUACUAGUUCUCGUCUUACAAAACGAUUCGUAGAUUGUGCGAACGAAAGCCCCCCAAAACGUGUUACAAGGAAAGUAAUAGGAGACGAUUACCCUUUUAUUGCAUCUGAAAUAACCGAUGAGAGCAACUUGAACGAGCUUGGUGUAUCCGAGUCUAAUACAACACCCAUUCAGGAAGAAUCAUCACCAGCGAUUGAUUAUUAUAGAUUGAUAAACAAAGGCUCUGUGCAAGAUGGCGGAUUUCGAACCCCCCCUCAUCAAAUUGUCAGUAACACAUACAGCCCAGAAAUAUCAAUUAAUGAAAAUAUACUAAGAAUGUCUGUUAUGAGUUUAGCCAAACUGGACGAAUCCAAGUACUUCGGGGAAUUCAUUCCACAUUUUAUAAAAUAUAAAAAAUCCCAGCGAAAUAAUCCAUUUUCUUACACGAUUGAUGAUGUAAUGGAUAUCCGAGGGGAAGGCGGAUUUUCCAAAUUUUUGUCAGUUGAUGAUUACAUAAAACUACUAUCAAAAAACCAAAGAGGAAUGUCGAAUUGCCAGAAGGAAACGACCGAAAGUGGGUCGACAAAAAAUAUUUCAGAUUGGAUUCGCAUCACAAAGAAGUUAAAUAUUUUAAGUGAGGAUGAUAGUGAAGAGGUGAUAAAAAUUAAGGAGUACCUAUACCGAGUGAUGAUUCCAUUCAUGGAAGUUCCCGUACAGGCCUCAAAGUAUCGAAAAAAUUAUGGAUAUAAUCAUAUCAUAGACAGAGUAGUUGAUGGAAAAUCUGCGGACUUGUUGGCGCGGAUGUGGAAAACGGGUGAAGAAAUUUUUGUUGGAGAACAAGCCGGACCCCCUACUCAACACGAUUUAACAAAACUAGAGACCGAUUCAUUUAAAUUAUAUAGGGAAAUGAGAGAUUGUUUAAAUGUUAGAAUUUUGCGGGCCAUGGGGAAGGGUGACAUUAAUUACAAUAAUCAGUCUGUUUUCGGAAUAUUGGGUUAUCUCCUCGAAAUCAAAAUGCAUAUAAUGUGGAAAGAUGGAGUAUAUGUAUACGAAGAAUAUGGCAGUUUAAACAUUGCUUCUAACCCAGAUCAGAUUUCAGAGAUGAAAUCAGGUAUAUUAAGGUUAUUGGAAUUUAUGAUGAUCAUUAAAAUCGAAACGAAAAAUAACGUGACGGAUUCUGUACAGAUUUUGAAAAGAAAAUAUGAUGAAAUUAUUCAAACAAAGCCAUCACCUUCGAAAGUUGCGAAGAGAUAA